GCAGGGUGUAUGCCCGUGCCGUCUUUCUGCCUCCGCGUGGUGCGCGACGGCGGCGGCCUGCGGCCCGCGGACGAGCUGGCCGCCGACGGCGGCCUGCUGCUGGACUACGGCCAGGAGAUCUGCGAGGUGCUCGGCGACGGCGAUGCCCUGGAGUGCGUCUUCGAGGUGCCGGCGUGCCGGGCGCGCGCGGGCGCCCGGGGCGGCCACCGGGGCAGGGUGGGCGUCGGGGACUUCCGCCUCGUGCGGGUCCUGGGGACGGGGGCCUCCUGCAGGGUCGUGCAGGUCCAGCACAGGGCGGACGGUCGCACCUUCGCCGUCAAGAUGAUGAGCAAGCGCAGGCUGGUCGCCGGCGAGAGGAAGCUGGAGCGGGCGGUGCAGGAGAAGCGGCUGCUCGCUCGCCUGUCGCACCCGUUCGUCGUGUCCAUGCACUGGGCCCUGCAGACGAGGAGCCACCUCUUCAUGGUCAUGGACUACUGCCCAGGGGGCGAGUUGUUCCACCACCUGCAGAAACGGGGGAGGUUUUCAGAGCCAGACUGUCGGUUCUAUGUCUGCGAGAUCCUCCUCGGGCUGGAGUACCUCCAUUCUCUGGGGAUACUAUCGAAGGACCUGAAGCCCGAGAAUUGCCUGCUGGACGGGGGUGGCCACCUCCGGCUCACGGAUUUCGGGCUGUCCAAGGAGAACCUGACCACGUCGGCGCUGUUCCAGUCCUUCGUGGGCACCGUGCUCUACCUCCUGCUCUCGCCCGAGAUGAUCCGGCGCGAGGGCCACGGCCGCGCCCUGGACUUCUACUGCCUCGGCUGCCUCCUGUACGUGCUGCUCACGGGGUCGCUGCCGCACUUCACCGGGGACGUGCGCCAGAUGUGCGCGAGGAGGGCGCGGGGCGAGGCGUUCGAGGUGCCCAGGCGGGCCUCCGAGGCCGCCGCGGACCUCCUGGAGCAGCUGCUGGAGGACGACCCCGCGCGCAGGCUGGGCUCGCAGCGGCAGGCCAUGGAGAUCAAGGAGCACGCCUGGUUCCAGGACGUGGACUUUUACAAGGUGUACCGCAAGGAGCCCCAGCUGGUCUUCCCGAACUUCCCGCCCGUGGACGUGGCGGCCGUGCCCUACCAGUGCUUCAGCUCCGAAUUCACGCAGGUGCCCGUGCCCUCGCAGCUGCUGGGCUGGGGCUCGGCCGCGAGCCUCGGCAGGGAGGACCACGUCGCCGGGUUCUCCAGGCUCGACGACGGCUUCUGACGGGCGCCACGCCCGCGGUCGAGCGCCGGGAGGGUGCGAGGAACAAAAUUUGUUCGGCGGCAUCCACCUGUCGCCCUCCUCCUCCCUCCCUCGCUGCCUCCCUCCCUGCCUGCCUGACUCUCUCGCCUGCCCUCCCUCCCCCUCUCUCUCUCCUCCUCUCUUUCCCUCUCCC